UUUUUUGUCAAUUUUAUCAAAUAAAAUAUGGAAAAUUGUCGUGUUUGUCUCAAAAUUCCGACAUUUCCGACGGAGCUGAGUCAAAAGGACAAAAAGAGCUUCUUCCAAAUCACGGGCGUCGAACUAAACGAGUCAAAACAGGAAAUUUUGUGCAAAAAAUGUUACUCAUUAUUCAUGGUUGCUAUCAAAUUUCGCUCUGAUGCCAUCAAAUCCGAUGAAUUUUUCCAAAAACUCCAGUUGGAAGUCGAACCUGAAGUCAAUCCUGAACUAAAAUUUGAGGUUUUCAUCGAAGAAGGACAAGAAACAUUAAAAAUUGAACCACAAGAAGCCAAAAAAUGUAGGAAAUCCUCGAAAGAACCUUACAUUUGUCACUUUUGUGAUGCCCGGAUGUUGCGAUAUCAAGACUUGGUUGCUCACAUGAAAGCCCAUAAGCGAGAACGUCGCAUGAUUUGUCGUUGUUGCGACAAAAAAUUCACCGACAAACUCAAAUUAGCGAAUCAUGAGCGUUCGUACAGGCGUCAAAAACUGCGAGGAACGUCUCUUGUGUGUCAACAUUGCGGAAGCGUUUACCCGGAUCCAAAAAGUUUGGCGAUGCAUGCGCGGAUUCACACAGGCGUCAUGAACUUCAAAUGCACUAUCGAGGGUUGUACAGAAGCAUUUCGAGAAAAAAGGGCGUAUUAUAGUCAUUUUGUCCUGUCACAUGGAAUCAAAAAGCCUUGCGUUUGUUUGGAUUGCGGGACUUCUUAUACGAAUCACAUUUCGUUACGAACGCAUCGACGCAUGCAUCACACGGAUCAGGAGAAAUUAUUCGAAUGUGUGGAGUGUCCCGGCAAAAAAUUCCUCACAAAACGCAAUUUGGAUGAUCAUAUCGCGUUUAAACAUCGCGGCGAACGACAUUUUCAAUGCACAGCAUGUCCAAAGAGUUAUGGAAACAGUAAAAAUUUGAGGCGACACUUACGUGAUAAUCAUCAAGAGCUUUAUUUGGAAAUGGUUCGCACAGGAAAACGCAUCAAAAAGACCAAAAUCGAACCUUCUUAA